GGGGGGGGGAGAGCGCGCGUUCGAGUUGUAUAUGGGGGUUUGCGGGUGUUGAUGGAGGACGAUGAUGAUGAUGGCGGUGGUGGUGACGAUGAUGAUGGUAUUGACGCUUAUGCUGAUUAUGCUGUAGCAGUAGGCCGACACUGUUGGUGUGGUGCUUGGAGAUGCUGGCUGCUUGUCGCUGCUGCGGCUGCUGGCCUGUGCUGCUGCUGGUCUUGCUGCUCCUGGAUGCUUCCGCCUCAGGCUCGAGGUGGGUUGAUUGCGACGACGACAGAUCCCCGACAAGAGAGGUCAGGUUCAACCGUGCGGCAAUGCAGUACUGCGGAUUGCGGAGUGCGGACUAUGGCUGCGGAUUGCGGAGUGCGGACUAUGGCUUCAACUGGCCAUUUCGUUUCACUCUGGACGCGCCCCUCUCGCUCUUCGCGUCCGUCGUCACUCGCCACUCGUCCUCCCGUCGUUGGGCUUCGUCCUCUUCUCUUCCCUACCCUUUUUUCCGUGACAAGGUGGCAACAACAGCGGAUGCGAACGGAGCCGUCUGA